AUGGCUAGCCUGAGCCUGAGCGACGGUCAUCUCGUAGGUAAUGCAUUGCUUCCUCAUAUUGGGCUCAAAACCUUCGAAGCACUUGAACAGACUGCCAUCGAAUCGUCUGUCUCCAUGGCCGACUUUCCGAGCGCAUUUGACCAGGCGGUGGAGGCAUAUUUCGCCCCGAAUUCGAUCGUGCGCGCGUCUGUCCACAAAGAGAUCUCAAAACUCUCUCUGCAAGACUUCCGAGAGACACAGGAACCGACGUCGGACCGACCGACACGCCCGGCGACCGCGAAACUGAUCCAUAUAAUAAAAACACAUCGGCUUCGUCUGGACAGUUCGUCAGAUGCAUCCUCAGCGGCACUAUAG